AUGCGGAGUGUGGUGCAAUUCAUGCCGCGUUUAGCUUCCAAGAAUAUCGCUCGCGCGAGAGGGAAUAGGCGCGAUUUAUUAUUAAGCGCCUUUUUUCCGAAGAAGGGCGCGAAAUCGGGUGUCUCGCGGCGGACAGCGAGAGCCGCCGCGCAGGAAGGAUCGCGCCGAUUAGUAUUGAGCUUUUAUAACGGCUCGCAUGCUUCAAAGAAGAAGACUUUCUCGAUACGAACGAAGCGUGAAUCGCGUCGCGUGUCCUUCGCGAGGAUCGAUUUCGAGUUUAGGAUUUUUUGCGCGAAGCCCUGUUGGGGGACGACGACGACGAAGUCGAUUUUCUCCUCCUGGACCGAGACUCUUUUCUCGAACUCGCUUAUAGAAGUAUUCAUUUCGCUGACCUACUCCACCUCCUCUCUCUUUCUCUCUCUCUGUUUAUCAUCACAAUUUCAGCCGAAACAAAUUGCUGAUAUCAAAGAUUUUCUUUUGAAAGCGCGACGCAAGGACGCCAAGUCGGUGAAAAUCAAGAAAACCGGUUCCGUCACAAAGUUCAAAGUUCGCUGCUCCAAAUACUUGUACACGUUGAGAGUGCAAGACCAAGACAAAGCGACGCGAUUAAAACAAUCCUUACCGCCGGGAAUCAACAUCAUCGACAUCUAA